ACGCGUAUCCGUGACCAUUGCUUCCACACGGCACCGAACAUUGACCUCAGUCAGCAACCAUUCUGGUUUAGUUCUCGGUUGCCUUCAGUUGCCGCCGCGUACAAUGAAGAACCAACAGCGUCCGAUUCGGCCUCAGCGCGACCCUCCUGUUGUUCAAGAACCAAUACCGGAGCCACCCCAACAGGUGCCGAACGGUGCCCAGGACCACAUCGUUGUCGACGCCGUGCAGGACCAGGCGCCCCCGGACCGGCUUCCAGUGGCACGAAUUCCCACCCCCUGUUGCGCGCCUCCCUUCGACAUCAGCAGCUCGAUGACCGUCUCCUGCCUCGUCCUAGCUCUCGUAGUAAUGUUCACUCUGGCUCUGGCGCUCCAAGUGUACCUCAUGCACUCCACCACCUACCACGAUGGUCUCGUAUUCAGAGCUUACGGUACCGGCCCGUCUUACGGCCACGAGACAUCGCCGCAUAGCAACCUAGAUGACUCCCGCGAAACCCUGCCGCCCUGGAAAGUCAAGCAAAACAGCGCCAGGGAUUCCGUCACCGCUCGCCCAUAUGUCUACUGGAACACAAGAGGAAGACAUUCGGGCAUAAAGGGAGGCGCUCUACUCAAGCACGCUUUUGCUGACGAGAAGACCACCAGUCAACCGGAGGUCUUGCGAGAUUUCCCGCUGCUCCCUGCUAGAGAUUACAAGACCGAGCGGAAGAGUGUGUGCAUGUUCCAUGCAGAUGGCGCUGGUCGCAUGCGCGAUGGCGCUCAGUACACCGCAUGGACAUUCCCCUAUCACAUCUGCACGCACGUCGUCUACUGCUGCGUGGCCAUUUCCAAGGACCUCGACUUGACUAUGAAGCGUUACGAGAAGAAACUUCAAGAGUCUUCGCUAUUGGCCUUCGCGCAGCUUAAACACAAGAACCCUUACCUGCGCGUGCUCGUUGGCGUUGGCGGCGAAGAAAGGGAUCGCGUGGGAUUCACUAAAAUCACGAACAGCAUAUCGGCGAGGCAGCAGUUUACUGCCAGCGCAGUGGAGUGGAUGCGCCAGCGUCACUUUGACGGCAUGAUUUUGUACUGGAAGUACCCGUUCCUGGACCAGAAGGCUAAGCACGUAGAUCUGAUGCGGUCGCUGCGGGAUACGCUCAGGGAGGUCAACCUUACCGUCGGCAUUGUCGUUCCCCUGGACGACCUCCUUCGCGACAGAUUCGAUAUGACAGAGCUGACCAAUAGCAUGGAUGAUUAUACAAUCCUGGUUGAUCCUGUUGACACCCACGGCCCCUCCUAUGACGCAACUUUCGUACCUGUCCGUGAUUCGACUAUUCGGACGUACGCUGGCCUUUUUAUAAGCACCAUUCAGAAAGAAAGCGGCAAGUCUAUAGAUGGCCGUUACAGACUGUGCUACUUGCUCCCUGUUAAUGGUGUGACGUUUACGCUGGAAGAGCCGGCUCAGACCCAGAUAAGUUCUCCCACGUUGGGGCCUGGUGAACCUGGUGCAAGCACGGACAGACCCGGGUACCUCUCAUACGACGAAGUUUGCAUGGAGCCGUGGGAAGACUCGAGAAGGGUGAACUACGGUGUCGUGAGCACCAGAGGAAACCAGUGGGUCGUCUAUCAGAACAGGACCUCUCUGCGGGAGUUGAUAACGGCUCUGGGGCUCGUGACGGGGUCUGCAAAGUGCCUGGGCGUGUGGGAUCCUUCGUGGGAUGACUUCGCCGGCACUUGCGGAGAAGGUCCCUACCCGCUAACGCGGGCGAUAUUUGCGAAAGUUGUGGGUCAUAAGGUCAGGUUCGGAUCGGGUGGAGUGUUCUAAGGAACUAUUGCAAGAAGGUAUACGUUCCUUAGGAUAUAUUUUCUAUAGCACUUCCUUCUUAGCACUUUUAUAUUUCCAUUGGCACAUGCAAAGAAUAAAAAUAUUGAGUGCA